AUGAGCAUUACAUUGGCCUUUUUGCAAAUGUGUAAUCUGCCUGUCAAAGUGGUUUGUAGAUCAAAUGCAGAAUACAUGUCUCCAUCUGGUAAAGUACCUUUUAUUCAUGUGGGAAAUCAAGUAGUAUCAGAACUUGGCCCAAUAGUCCAAUUUGUUAAAGCCAAGGGCCAUUCGCUUAGUGAUGGGCUGGAUGAAGUCCAAAAAGCAGAAAUGAAAGCCUACAUGGAAUUAGUCAACAAUAUGCUGUUGACUGCAGAGUUGUAUCUUCAGUGGUGCGAUGAAGCUACAGUAGGGGAGAUUACUUUUCCUAGGUUUGGAUCGCCUUACCCUUGGCCUCUGAACCGUAUUUUGGCCUAUCAGAAACAGUGGGAAGUGAAACGCAAGAUGAAAGCUAUCGGAUGGGGCAACAAGACUCUGGAUCAGGUCUUAGAAGAUGUAGACCAGUGUUGUCAAGCUCUUUCUCAAAGACUGGGAACACAACCAUAUUUUUUCAAUAAGCAGCCUACUGAACUAGAUGCACUGGUAUUUGGGCAUUUGUACACCAUUCUUACCACACAGUUGACAAAUGAUGAACUUUCUGAGAAGGUGAAACACUAUAGCAAUCUCCAUGCUUUCUGUAGAAGGAUUGAAAAGCAUUAUUUUGAAGAUCGUGGAAAAGGCAGCACAUCUAUCAGGUUGUCGUAG